UGUGAGUUGUAUAGCUAGCACAGCGGGAUAAAGUAUCGAAGUGUAUAGGAUACUGUUUUAGGUUUGCUUUGGAAAUUAGUGGAUUAGCAUACGGUUGUGUAUUCGUGUGUGGGGUGUCUAAUUAGUUGUGAGUAAAAUAAUCGCAUUGCGCACGACAUGUCAACUCCAUUUCGGAAAUGUUACUGUUGUUUAUAAAGUUUAUCUACAAAUUGUUCAAUUGGCCCUAAGCAGAUCGAAUUUGGAUUUAUUCUUUUAACAGUUACAUUUUAAGUGUGACGAACAAGACUUCAUUGCGUACUGUAUGUUUUCAUGCUUUGGAUCUAAUUCCAUGGAAUUUACUGGCGGGAACUAACGCACGUGUACGAUGUCUCGUGCGGCGCGUGCUGAAAUGCCUGGGGGUGGGGCUCUACGAGGAUUAUUCUCCAUGUUGGUGAUUGGAAUUACCGUUCUGCAUGUAAAAGGUGAUUUUAAUGGCUUUGAUGGCGGCGCACUUCGGAGGGGACCAAAGUUUCUUAUAGAACCUGAUGAAAAAUACUAUGUAGUCAAAAAUAAACCAGUAACCAUAACAUGUAAAGCAUUAGGGGCAGUGCAUAUAUCGUUUAAAUGUGCCAACUCAUGGAUUAAGCAACACCACUACACUAAUCUAAUGUCCGUUGACCCUGUGACCCAAAAACAAAUUAUCGAAACGAGUAUUACUGUGACUAAGGAAGACGUGGAGGACUAUUUUGGAUCGGACGGAUAUUGGUGUGAAUGUUACGCCUCUGACCAACCAGCCGAGAUUCCUGGAGGAAAUAUCGUGAAGAGCGAUAAACGAGGGCUGGUAGAACUAGCUUACCUGAAACGUCAGUUUGACUGGCAGCCUCACAAGACGAGGGUCGAACUCAACAAGCAGACAGUGCUGCGAUGUCUGCCACCGGAGGGAAAACCACUUCCUGAGGUGUUUUGGCUGAAGGAUGGCCAGCAGAUUGACGUUCAGAAUAACCACAACUUCAUCAUCGCAAGCGAGGGUAACUUGAUCGUCACUCAGGCGCGUCUGACCGACUCUGGCAACUACACGUGCGGGGCUCAAAAUAUCGUCGCUCGCAGGCUUAGCAACUCGGUCCCGUUUGUUGUUUAUGUAAAUGGAGGUUGGUCAACAUGGAGCCAGUGGACGGACUGUUCGGCAUCAUGUGGGCGUGGUUUGCAGCGACGUCAACGCUCCUGUACAAACCCCGCACCACAGGGGGAUGGAGAUAGCUGCCCUGGGGAGGCUGUGCAGAAAGACUCAUGCACGUCAAUUUGUCCAGUGGACGGGAGCUGGGGCCAUUGGUCGUCCUGGUCAACCUGUACCAAUGACUGUAUCCACCUUCGACGCCGGUCAUGUGACGCUCCCUCCCCGACAAAUGGCGGCUCAUACUGCUUCGGAAACGACCUUGACACGCAGAAUUGCUCCAAUGGGCUCUGCCGAGAGUUGAUUGGCUCAGUAAUAGCCAAUGGAAAUAAAGCGGGGUCAAAUACCCCAUCUGAUGACUCAAUAGGGGGUGACAAUCGACAGGGGCACGAUCAACAGGGUCAUGUUGGAUAUGUGCCGUCAAGGCCAAAUGAUGUUGAGCCAUCCGGAUCAGGCCGUAUUACAUCGGGACCAACUGAUGUUGAGCCUUCCAGACAAGAGGCUUCCGAGGCUGAAAGUAAUGACAGCAUCACGAUGUACGUUGGCCUGUGUGUUGCCAUCGCAGUGUUUAUCGUCGUUAUCGUUGUCAUCAUCGUGAUCGUACGUCGACGUAACGGUCAACAGCGCCGUAACCAUGAUCAUGACCUACUGCCAAAUGGAGGUGUUCCUGGUCAUCUUCACCCCAACAAUGAAAAGAAAUUGAAAAAUGAAACCCUUCUGUCAAACUACCAGCCUGACUUGACGCAGGUGACGAUUCCACCCCCAAAUGUUCCACCUGGCCAUCCAAACAACAACCACAUGCAGCGGAUGGACUCCUUCGAUAAACUCCCACCAACGUACGCUGAAAUCAAGGAACAUCGACUCAGUGCACCGAUGGCUAAUGGAAUGCAGAAUGGUUACAUAGAACCAAAUUCAAAUCAUAUGUUGACUCAUAAUUCAUCAAUGGAUCAAAUUGUGAAGAAAAAUGAAAAUAUGGUGAUUGUUAACCCUGUGGGCUCAGGAGGUAGCCCGCGCGGUAGUGAGACAGAAAAUCUCAAUGAUAGUAGAGACUCGGUUAUGUCAAUGGAGUUACCGAGUCACAUAGACACUGAUGCAGUGACUUGGAGUACGUUUGACUGCAGAGGCGGGCGGUUAACACUUCCAGAAUCGGGAGUUUCGUUAUUAAUACCAGAAGGUGCUAUUCCCCGAGGGAAAACUGAAGAAAUAUACAUGGCUGUAUGCAGAGAUGACAAAGACAGGCCUAAACUGUCAGAAAAGCAGACGAUACUGAGUCCCAUUGUGCUGUGCGGACCGACUGGUAUGGUGUUGAACAAACCGAUUGUGUUAUCGAUGCAGCACUGUGCGAGUAUGCGACAGGGAGGCUGGCAGUUGUCAAUCUGCUCGAGUAACACGCCGCUCGAGAUGCCGCCACAUUGGCAGUGUGCAGUAACACUAGGCCAGGAAACAAUAAACACACAGAUCUAUACGCAAAUAGACGCAACACAUUGCCACGUGAUGACUGAGCAACUACAGCGCUACGCACUCAUUGGUGAGCCAGUAUCGCAAGGAAGGGCGGUGAAAAUUCUCCGCUUGGCGGCGUUCGCUCCUUCACUUCCUCCGUCGAUGGACUUCAGCAUACGAGUUUACGUUGUGGAGGAUACGCCUGAUGCUUUAGAAGGUGUGAUGCAAGUUGAGCGACGUCUGGGAGGCCGAUUGCUUGACCAUCCGAAACAGAUUCCAUUCCAAGAUGGCGGACACAACCUCUGUCUAACCAUCGAGGAUCUGAAUAAUGGAUGGAGGAGCAAACUUGCGGCAAACUACCAGGAGAUCCCGUUCCGGCACAUUUGGAGUGGGAACCAGAACAAUCUUCACUGCUCGUUCUCGUUGGAGCUCGUAGAACGGGUACCAGAGGCAAUACGAUGUAAGAUACAAGUCUACCAGAAGGCCAUACUUUCGAAUCGACAGGUGCUCAAGAUCAACACUAAUUUUAAGGAGCCCCCAACAUGUUCCAGUCCCGUAGCAAACACGCUGAAAGGUCGAUCUUCUACUGUAACCUCGGCAACCAACUCUAGUUCCGGAGUGAGUUCCGUUGUUGCUGUGGACAAUAGUCAGCCGUCCCGUCUUCCAUCGCAGAUCCGACAACAGCUGUGUAUGAUGCUUGAUACCCCGUGCGCGCGUGGCAACGACUGGCGGAUGCUCGCACAGGCUCUAACUGUAGAUAGGUAUAUCAAUUAUUUUGCCACAAAAAGUAGCCCAACAGAGCACAUCUUAGACUUAUGGGAAGCCGUUCAUCGCGAAGAUACAGCCGUUACAGAUCUGAUGAACAUUUUACGAGUUAUGGGACGCCUCGAUGCGGCGGCCGUGUUAGAAAAGGACAUAGGCUCCUGGUUAUGAGCCCUCUGUGUUCCAUAACUGUGAAUCACACAUAGAGAAGUGAUAGGUUAAUCACUAUAAUCAGAUAUCCCCCAUGUCUCACUCAUCGUUAUACGCCAACAUUAUUACAUGAUUGUCUUGAAACGACAAUUAUGUCCAAGAUAUAGACUUCAUUUAUGAAGCAAUGCCAGACAGGAUUGUCUUCUCAAGUCAUUUAAACGUGUCAUCAACAGAAGGUUGUACGAUGUAUAAAGUGUUCUUCUGGCCGCGAGUUGAGAACAAUUCGAAGAAAAGGUCUCAUCUAGUGAUUCUGUGCUUCGUGAAAGUAUGAAUGUGCCAGAUAAAAGACUGGUUUCCUCAUCGGUUGUGAUGGCUGCAAUAUUAUUACAUCACUUCCUGAGUGACGUAACUUCCUUUCUGAAAUAAACACUGCUGAUUGGUGUUGCUAUGACAACAAUUGAGUCAAAUCAGUGCACAUGGAAACUUCCUGUUGUGGAUUCAAAAGGUUGUUUUUGACUGAGGCUUAAGUGAAUUUAAAUUUGUUCUUUUUGAUAUGUUAUAUUUGUGUUAUGUCGUUUCUGACAAUAAACAUCGGAUGAAAAACGACACAAACUGUUGACAGCUCGGUACAAAAUGGCCGACACGCUAACCAGAAUGCUUUAGUCAUGUAUUCAGGUGAUUAUAGCAUUUGUUAUUGAUCUGUGAUCUGAUGUACAUUAUUUGAUGGAAACUAUUUUGUAUGUUCAUAUAUAUAUAUAUGGAUUGGCUAGUUCAGACCAUUUCUUGUAUAAAUGCAAGUUUAAAUUAUGCUUUUAUGAAAAACUAUAUUGAAUCCUCCAUGUAUCAUUUUGUGCUAACUUUUGCAGGUUCUGGUAUAUCUUGCUUGCUAUAUUUUCAGUUGGCAUUCCAUAUCAGUAAAAAAAGUUUGAUUUAAUAGACAUUUUAGAGUGAAAUACUUAAAAAAAUAAACUCUGAAAAGUUUAAAGUAAGUCGGUACGAAAGCUAAAAAAAAAAUAACAAAAAAUUAAUAUACUAUUGUAAAAGUUCUAUGCAGGACUCGGGAACUUUUGAUACACUACAACAUGAGAGUUUGAUUAUUUCUUACUUUGUUCUAUGCAAGCAUUGCAGUUAGCAAACUACACACAACAUGCAUUGUGCUUUACAUAAAUGUGCUUUUUUGUGAAUGACAUUUCUCGGUUCUGUACCAAUUUGGAGAAAGACUGCUUACAGGUUUCAUAAUUUUUAUGCAAGUAGCAUCUUUUUCGAUGUUACAAUAUCAUCCGACAUUAACAUUAUUAAUUGCUGGUGCAUCUAAUUGCAUGUUGUACUUAUUUAAACAAAUAUGUGUUCACAACAUGUCAAAUUUGUGAGCAUAUUGUUAAGUAGUGAUUAAAAAUUAUUUAAACUUGUUACUGUAUGUAAAUAUUGUACAAUACUUUGGAAAAUCUCACACUGUAAAAAGUAUCAACAUAUAUAAAGAGAGGCAACUCUUAUAAUGAGAGUUGAGGUUCAAAAUUGUAGUAGCCUCCCUUAGAUUAUCUUGGUGAAAAAAAUCAUUACUUUCUAGUCAAUUUCAUCAAGCAUAUACUGUCACAUUCUUCCAUGUAACAAAAACAUACACAAACUCUGCAUUAUUCUAAUCAUAUUAGCUAUAUUGGUGCUCUGUGGAAGUUCCUUUUUGCAUUUUAAAGUCAACACACCGAUAUUAGAUCUGAAAACACACGUCAUCCUUGAAUAAAGUUAAAUGGUAUAUAAUCAAACUAAAUAUUGUAAUUCAUCAUUGUUAAUUCAAUUAAUUUCUUUCUGUUCGCUAAUUUGAUGUUGUUAUCUGCUUCAUAAUGUAAAAGGGUUAUACUUCAUGGCAAGCCAAAGACAUAUAUUUGUUAUCACUUAUAUACACAGUUUGCUUUCUGUAGUUAGAAAUUGUUCAAGUUAGAAAUUAAAAUAACACCAAUAUUCAAUGCUAAAAGUAAAAAGAGUCCUAUUCAAUUACAGUUUUAAAGAUGCACCAUGUUCUUUUCUGUCCUGUUUGCAUUGUAUCUGAACAAAUAUUUACCGUUAUUUAAUAGUACUAGAACCAUUAUUAUGUGUGGGGGAAUAUCUCCACAUUUUUGUAUUAUUAACAUUUAUCUUAAUUUAUGUUUGUACAUAAUGCCAAACAACAAAAUAAACAAAAAUCAAACUUAA